AUGUCAGGCACACCUAAGGUACUUAAAGAAUAUUUCGAACUCAUUUCCUCGCCAUCACACGAGACGUAUAUUGAUCAAGACGAGGGAGCUAUGGUGAAUAAGUUUUUCAACCACCCAGAUAUACAAUAUUUCAAGAAAAUCAAAGCCAAAAACCAUUACAACUAUCAUAAACUGAAGAACAAUAAUAAGCCAAAACUAGAUAUUAGUAUGGUACAGUCACCUAUUUUUGAUCCUUAUAAUAGAAAUGACUUGUUAAAACGGUUAUCUACGUAUACAGCCUUAAAUUGGCAUAUACCGUUUUCUAGUGAUCAGAACGAGAUAGAUGAGCUAGAAUGCGCUAGAAAUGGCUGGAAAUGUGUUUCUAUUUCAGCAAAUAAUAAUACGAAGAACCAUCUUUUGUGCACUUCAUGUAACCAUCAACUAAUCCUCAAAUUCAAUGACAUAAAUUCACCAUCUACAUUUGUACCGUUUGACUUCGAUUUAGAAGACUACCAAGAACUUAAUGAGUCAUUGAUCAGUGGGUAUUCUAAGCAAAUAAGGAAAUUCGGACACAGUUCAGACUGUCCUUGGAUAAAUUUCGAGACUCCCUUAGAUGGGGUAUAUUAUCCACGGCCAUUCAUAUCUAGCACUAACGAAUUGCUCACUAAUGAGUAUUUGAAGAACCUAAAGAAUUUGGCUAGUAAUUUGGAUCUUCUAAACAGCACGUCGAGUUUGUUUAAAGAAACAUUAUUUAAUGAAGACGAAAACCCAAAUUUCACAGAUUUCAUUAAAAUUUCAAAGAAUUGGUUGUUAGACCGCUAUUUCAAGGAUAAUAAGGAGAACUUUUUCAAUCUAUUGGAGAGGGUUCCACGCUGGAUUUAUAAAAUAGCAGUAUUAGGUUGGGAUUUGCAUAUUCAAUCUUUCUCAAAUCACUUGGUACUUCUUUUAAUAUGCUCCAAGUGUAACAAGAGAAUAUUCUUGAAUUCAGUAUACCACGAACCGAUUGAGAAAAACAAUUACAUUGCAGCUACAAAUUUCGGUGUGAAUUUAUCAUCUUCUGGAGUUUUAACUCCAUGUAAAUUUCCUCCUGUGAUACAGGGUGGGUAUGAACACCACGAUACUUUAUAUACUGAAUCGGGUCCUGAUGAAUCAGAGUUUGAUGAUUUGGAUAAGGAUAAAAUUGAUUUGGUUGAAGAGCAUAAACCUUGGUGUUGUAAUAUCAAUUUGAUCGAUGAGUCUACAUCUCUUUACCAAUAUUAUAUUAAUAUAGUCACGUCCUCCGGUAGCGUCCAUAAUGAGGGCAAGUUUCAUACUGACUAUGAUAUCGAUAUUAAUCAUAUACUUAAUUCUGCUCAGAAAAGAAAAAAUAGUUUCGAUAUUGACGAAGGUUUAGAGAGGUUUCAGAAACUCCGAAAAUUAUACUUAGUAGAUGAGGAUACAUAA